UGGUCUUGGCCUUGUAACGAUCCUCCUGCCUCAGCCUCCCAAGUGUUGGGAUCAUAGAUGUGCGUCGUGCCCGACUACUCUUUCGGAUUGAGAGGGUCUCGGCAGGUAGUCCAGGGUGCCCUGUUGCUCAUAGUGAGACUUCUGCCUCAGCCGCCCGUGUACUGGGAUCACAGUCACACGCCGGCGGCGCAUAAAUACCCAUUUUCUCACUGGAAACAACUGAGCGCUGGGACAGCACCAGGGUCACAGGCACUUCAAUCCCGUAGCGCGCUGGACCAGCAGGACGCAACCUUCCGUGCCCCUCGCAGGAGGAACUGUUGUGCCACGCGCCUUACAUGCCCACCGGAAGGCGUCGAGGGACGGCCCGCGCACGCACACCGCCAUCUUGCUGCCGGAGCGCCGCCCGCCGCUGGCACUAGAGCCUCGGAGAGGGGCGGCGUCGCCGGCCGGGCAACGCCUGGCCAUGGCGACCGCGGAUCCUGGCGGCUGCACGGCUCCAACUUCGACUGUCGCGUCUCGGGCAGGCUCGGGCCCGGAGCGCGCGAGAAGCACCGGAACCUGGCCAAGGCAAUGCUGCGGAGGAAAGGCGUGCUGGGCUCCCUGCCGAGCCGCCCCGACUCUUCGGGGAAAAGGUCAGUGAGGUUUAACAAGGGCUACACUGCUCUAAGCCAGAGUCCAGAUGAGAACCUGGUGUCCCUCGACUCUGACAGCGAUGGGGAACAGGAAUCCAGAUACUCCUCCGGGUACUCCUCUGCCGAGGUGAACCAGGAUGUAAAUCGGCAGCUGCUUCAGGAUGGCUAUCACCUGGAUGAGAUUCCAGACGACGAGGACUUGGACCUCAUUCCCCCCAAGCCUAUGACCUCCUCCACAUGCUCCUGCUGCUGGUGCUGCCUUGGGGACUCUUCCUGUACCCUCCAGUAGACAGAAGCCUCCAGCAUGGGCCCUGUUUACCAUGAGGCAGAUAGAGCCUGCUGUCCUGCAUAUCCCAGCCCAGUGGGGACAGCUCUCAGCCCAGAAGCUCGGAGACACUAGCCCUCUGCGAUGUGCUUCUCAGGCUGGAGGCCUAGUGGGCCAUGGGGUUGAUGAGUGAAAUUCCACACUUUCCCUCCAUUGUCGGUGCAGUUUGGAAAAGCUGCUUAGUAAGGGCAGAAGCAGUGGAGUUAGGGUUCACGAGGUGGCUGACGGAGGUAGCUGAGAAGCACACCACAGACAUCUUGACUAUGUUUGCUGUGGGUCUUAAGGGAAAGAACAGCUUUUGUGUCCAGGCUUUUGUGUGGAGGCGGAAUGUAGCACUUCACAGCUCAAAGUUGGGACUCCAAAGAGGAAUUUAAUUUGGAAAGCCCAGGAAAUUCUGUAAGUUGCCCUCCUUUUCCCGUCUCUUAGGUGGAUUCAUAGUUGUGACCUUCAAGAGCACAGUGCAGGUCCUUCUGUCCCUCUUCAGGUUAACACCUGUCUGGCUAUGGCAGGGAGUAUAGCAGAUGGCUUCCAGUCCCUGGACCUAGGACAGCUGUCUGGUGGGUUAACUCUGGUUGGCCGCUCCCUAGUUAGAGAAAAACUGCUUCAUCCUAGAUGUACUUAUUUAUUUAGAUUUCCGCAGUCCUGGCUGGCUUCUCCACCCAUCUUAUGCUGAGGCUGCACUGAAGGUACUGGGGUUGGCCAUAAACGCCUGCAGUUUUUGAGGCUCCCAGCAGAGGGAGUUAUUGCAAGGGCAGUCGUCUGCUUCCUUGUUCAGCCUUUUUACUCUGGAGACAGCAGUAGGUGUCUUUGGUGUACUAUGUGUGGUGUGGCUGGGAUGAAGACCCAAGCCAUCAGGCAGGAUGUGAAGAAGAGACCUUAACCAGCUUCCAGGAAUAGUGACCCAGUGGCCAGUGCAAAGGCCUCCUUUCCACCCUAUGGCCAGGCAGCUCCCUAGUGAGUCUUUACCAGCGCUUGCCUAGUUAGUGGGUGAAGCCCUGGGAAAAUCCACAAGCACUGGGCUUUAUAGCAAGCCUUGGGGCAAACAUUGACAGUACAAACGUUGUGACCCCGAUGGAGAGUUUCUCUUGGUAUCCCUAGCCUUCCCAGAACGAGUUUUGUGACCCAUCCCUCUUCCUGCCUCAGGUGUGGUACAGUUGGAAAGGGGGUGAAUGGAGUUCACAGCCCCCAGUGCAUGGCAGUCAGGACGAGUGUGUGGAGCAUCCAGUCUCUUGUUUCCCACAUGUUCUUUGACCACUGAGAGACAGUAGACUCACAGCUUCAUUAGAAUAGGUGGGUAGAAGGGACACUCGUCACUAUUCCCAGGAAGGCCAUCUUAGCAGUGCUCCAUAGCUUCUGUGUUUCUGACUCUGAGGAGUAUGCAGCACAGGUGAGCUGUGUGAUUGGUCUGCUGCUGGUGGUGUCACAGGACGGGAACAGACAGACCCAAGGCCCAUCCAUCCGGUCAGGGCUGGGAUAGGGCAGGUGGUGGCCACUUUGUUCUGCAGUGGGUCUCUAAUGAUCCAGGUGCCUCAAGUUCUGAGCUGUCUGCAGCAGAGAACACACAUGGGCCUCUCAGGCUUCCGUACAAGGAAGAGUGCACAUCAAAGUGGGCAGACGAUAAAGUGCACUAGAGGCUAAGGGGUAGGGACAUGGAAGCCACAUGUGGGGCCAUGUUUGAGGGGCUCCUGGCUAGAACUGAACAUCCUGGGUAUUUGGGACCUAAGCCAUGCCCUCUGUGUAGCCACCAACAGUUCCCUGAGGGUAUGUCCCAGAAUCUGGAGCCCUAGAGGAAGGCCUUGUGGCAGGACCACCUGGUCAGCUAAUGGGGCAGGGUCACAGACCAAAUACUACCGAUUAAGGUACCAAGGUGCCCAGAGCCACACUGCCUUAAAUCAGAGCAAGGGAUGCUGCACAGGUGACAGUCGCCUGGGGGAGGGAUGCCUAGGGCUUUCUCCCCGGUGGGGGUGGUUCCACCUGGUGUUCACAGUGCUUGACAGACUUCCUCAGCUUUUACCUCUGCAUUCUAUAUGCUAAUGAAUAAAUGCACUCACGCUGA